CGACAACGUAUGCACUAUGCGGGUAUAGCGUCCUCUUAAAUCGUGGACGCUAUUGUACAGUCGUUGCCAGAUAAAUUAAGACGGCAGCGGCGGCGCUUUUCAGUAAGUGUAGCCCAAACUAGUCGCUGGCAGUGUGGUGCAAAGGUCACACAGUUCGAACCCGGCUCAGUGCAAAAAAUUUUAUUUAUUAUUAUUAUUACUAAUUUAUUUAUAUUAUUUUACAAUUUCUACUUUUUUUUCUUAAAUAAAAGAUUAUUAUCAGAAUUUUAAAUUAUUAUCGUAAAAUAAUUUUUGUGACAAUUGUUGGUUUAUUGAUGUAUUUUCGGUAAUAAUAUUCAAUACUGAGAAUCACUGGUUUUCCGUUAUCGCGCCGCCACCGCCGCCGCCGUCUCAAUUUAUCUGGCAACGACUGUAGUAAAUCACGACUAUCUUAAAUCGUGAGUAGUUGUAAUUCAACCACAGAGUAAAAUAUAAACCAUGUAAGCCACAAUCAGUGUAGCCAUACUUCAUAAAUUAUUUAUUGUGUAUUCCAAUUUAAAUUAAUUUAUAAACAGUACUAUUAUAUGUAUAAUCAAUGGUUUUACUUGGUUUAUCAGUGUAACUAUAAUAUUCCAAAAGGGAGUAUAAAUAAUUUUCAAUGUGUCUACACUGAUACUUGGAUAAAGUUUGUUGCCCGCUUAUUAUCAUUAAGCUUCCCGUAUUCUCAUUUUUAAGUAUUUGAUAUUAUAUAGUUUCACGUCGGACGUGUAAAUAUCCAUCGCGAUCUUUAUUGGCGGUUGUUGUAAAAAAGCGUUUGUAUGUACAAGGAAUCAGCCAUGGAUGAGAAUCCACCUCUAAAGAAUGUCGAUCCCAUGGAACUUUCCUCCGAUGAUAUACUUGGUGUAAUGAAAAAUAUUUCAAUGGUCAAAAAUGGCUUAAUGUCUUAUGAAAAUGAUACUGAUCAAGUUGAAAUUGGUAAUAGUGAUGCAGAUGCAAUGUUUACAAUUGGCGAUAAUGAUUUAAGUUCUUUUGAAAGAGAUCUAUUAGACAAUGUAAUUGGAAUGGCAGAAGAAGAAGUAGUUACUCAAUACGAUGAAACACCUACCGUGAAAGAAAAUUUCAGCAAAUACAUGAACAAAGGUAAAAUGUUGAGUGAGCGACUUCAAAAAAUAAUAUCAAAGCUACAGAAUAUACAACUAAAAACUAUGAGUAAGUGUUCCACUCAAGAAAUCUAUAAUGUGUUACAAUCACAAAAAAGUAACGCUAUUAAAAAUAUCAAAUCAACAUUGCUCAAAGUUCAAAAAAGGCAAUCUAAUCCAUUUUUGAAAAGUUUACUUUGUGAUGAAAUUAAAGAUGGUGAAAAGGUCUUUGGAAUGCUAGAGUCGCAAAUUAAAACAGUAAAUGAAGAAUACGACUCGGAAGCAACAGCUAGUGAUUCAGAAUGUGAUACGUUAGGAGAAACUAGCGAAGAAGAAUUACAAUCAUCCAAUUGUCCUAUAGAUAAAAGAAAUUCUUGGAAAUGGCUUCAUGAACGCGUAAGUAUUGCGUACCGAUUAACUUGGCUGGUUAAUGUUAUGUCUGAUAUAGAGUUCAAAAUCAAUUUUUAUAAUGAAGCAUUAAAUCGAUAUUCUUCUCAUCCAUAUGUACAAGACCAGGAAGAAGAAUCUGGUAGAAGAUGUUUUCCGUAUGAACCAAAAACUCAACAUAGAAUGUUAAUGCAACCUCCACUCAUAAACUUGGCUGCAGCUUUAAAAAAAGGAGACAAGGCAAAAUUAAAUCGUAUUAAUCCCUGUGAUUGCUAUGGGAUUGAUUCUUGUCCUACUUGUGUAAGUCUUCAGCGCCAUUCAAAUGAUUCUGGUCAUUUUUUGAGUGAUACUUUUCAUCCAGUCCUAUCAUAUUCUAAAGAUAUUUCUUUAAAUGUUGCGCUAUCUAAUGAGUUAGGAAAAUCAUCUUUUCAUCUAAAACAAAAAAAUAAGUCUUCAUCUGAUACAGAUUUUAAUAAAUAUUUUGUGGACCGGACACCUGAACAAAGUCCUGCUAUUAGGCAAGUUCCACCUGUUAAACUACAAAAUGCUUGGCCUACCCGCAAUGAUCCAAUUACUAAAUUCAAUCGAAAUCAAAGACAAGCAAGAAAAAGGAGACGUAUACGUUAUAGCAAACAUAAAAGAAGUAGGAUGGAUGAAGAUUAUAAAUAUAACAGUCGAAGAAGUAGUGAAAGUAUUUGUGACGAUGAUGAUCUUGAUGAGGUGUAUGAAGAAGACAAUUAUGACUCUGAUCCAGAUUAUAGUCCUUGGUUUCCAAGAACAGGAGAUAAAACAUACAAUGCUAAGCGUGAGUAUGAUAUUGACAAUAUUGUUAUACCAUAUAGUAUUGCUGCUGCGUCGAGAGUCGAAAUGGUCAAAUAUAAAGAAAUAGUAACACCAAAGUGGCGCAUUGUUAAAGAAUUAGAUGUAGAUCCAGUUGAAUUUGCUGCAACAGUUCCAGAACCAGAAGUUGUUGAAGAUCUUGAUGAUGGAAGACGCAGUGCUCAUCAUGAAGCGUGUGAAAUUGAAGAACGAAUGAGAUUCAGGACUACAAAGAAACAAACAGAGCGUACACAUAAGAAUAGUGGGCAUUGUAGUAGUGGGGAAAAUACAUCUGAAGCAAUGUCACCACUAUUUGAAAGUCGGUCCCCAAUGCCUACUGUGGAAGAGGAACCAGACGCAGGACCUAGUAAUCAAGAUUGGAACCAAUAAAAUAUUUUUAUUAAUUAUUAAUGAAUAAAUAUUGUAUAUUAUAAACUGUAAAAACCAAAGUUAAUACUUUAGGUUAGUUUCACAUAAAACUAAUUGUCAUAUUUAGGUAUAUUUUUUUUUUUAUAAAUUAGAACUAAUUGUAAAAUAUAUUUUCUUUACUUGUUGUAUUAUACAAGUUGUAUAGUAAAAUAUAGCCUGAUAAACAUUUACUUUUAUUUUUAAAGUUUAAAACUAUAUUUCAUUAAGACAAAUCAUAUUUUCUCAUUUAUUUUAUUUUUAGGAUCUCACUUAUUUUACAAAAAAAGAAGUUUUGAUUGCACAUGAAAAGUUUAAGUCUUUAGCUCCUGAAAAAGUGGGACAUAAUAAAAAUGCAAAAUUAGCAUUAAACAAGGUCCUUAAGCUACCUGAAUUAGCAGCUAAUCCUUUUGG